UUCAAGAAAAAAGAUAUUGGUCUCUUAUUUGACUAAAGUAGAUAGUUGACGUUUGACGUUUACUAUUUUGUUUCUCAAUACAGAAGUAGGAUAAAGAUUGGCUGUCUCUUUUUUUCCGCCUAUAUUCUCUAUAAACAAGACAGAGAUCACAAAGUUAUAAUAGAAUUUAAAAUAUUUAGGUUAUUCAAAUGUAUUUGCUGUAGGUUAGAGAGAAAGAAAAGACAAAGUUUGUAAUUUUGUCGAAAAGAAGUUGUGUUUUGUGUUAUGAUUUAUGACAAAAGUUUUUAAAUGUGCUUACGAAACAAAAAGUAAUAUAAACGUAAACCGAGACAAACUCUUUUUUUUUGAGAAUGAAUAGAGAGGAUAAUGUAAACUGGUUUCAUGGGAAAAUAUCUCGGGAAACUGCUGAGGAACUGUUAAAAGAAGAGGGUGAAGAUGGUGUUUUCUUAGUUCGUGAAAGCAAUACUUCUCCUGGGGACUAUGUAUUGUCUGUUUUACACCAGGGAGAAGUAGCACAUUACCAAAUCCGUCGGCACAGAGAAGAUGCAUUCUUUUCGAUAGAAGAACACACAACAGUUCAUGGUUUGGAUACACUGAUACAACAUUAUCAGGGCGAUUCAAAUGGCCUGGUCACACGGUUGGCAGUGGUUUGCAAGGGACAGCCUCCACCUCAUGAAUCGAGAACGCAAGGAACCACAAAUCUAUUGCAUCGGGCAACAGAAGCCGGGGAUUACAAUAUAGUGUCACAACUGUUGGCCUGCGGUUACCGUAGCCGGGAUGCGAAGAACCAGGACGGCCAGACAGCUGUCCAUAUAGCGGCGAGGGCGGGAAGAGAUAACAUACUGGAGAAGCUCAUAGAGAGUGGCGCCACCGUCAACGUUAGGGACUCGUUCGGGUAUACACCGCUACAUUAUACCUGUCAAAACAACUUGCCCAGCACUACCGAACUUCUCAUAACUAAAGGGAAUGCCAACUAUCAAAUGAGACACGCUCCGACUGGCAAGAUGCCUCUUCACGACGCCGCCCAACGUGGAUAUAUAGAUUGUAUCAAAGUGCUGUUAAAACUCAAAGCCCCAGCUCAUCCGAGAACCUUGUCCAAAGAGACUCCAGCCCAGCUGGCGAAGAAUAACGGACACACCGAAUGCUAUCAACUGCUGAAAAACUACAAGCCCGAUCCACCGAAAACGUCGAAGAGCCAAUGGUACCACGGGACAUUGAAUCGCGAGGAAGCCAUGCAUCAGUUGCAGGAGUACUGCAAACAGCAUCUAUCAGAUAAAUGCUCCGACGGGGUGUUCCUUGUUAGAUACAGCGAGAGACACACGGGGGCGUAUGUGCUCACCAUGCUGCAUGGGAACACCCCCUAUAACUUCAUCAUCAGGAAAGAGAAGGACUGGUUGUUCAUCGACGACGGUCCAUACCUGGAGUCCCUCGAGCGUUUAGUGGAGCACUACAGUAGUGUAUCCGACGGCCUCCCCUCACGGCUCACGGUACCCGUGCCGCCCAAACCGAAGCCCCCCCUACCGGAAUUUUCUACGAUGCCGAGAACAAAGAAGUCACCAAAUCGUGCUCCCCUGAACCAAUCACUGUCACUAAUGAAACAGGACACACUGAAAGAUCAAGCGACGUCUCUCAACAACAACGCCUUUGAGCUCCUCACUAGAAACCUAUCCUUCUCGUCCGACUUCAACAAGCAGAGUUUUAACAAUAAUGACGCAGCCGAAAAUGAUACGUACAAAGUCCCCGCCAACAACAGCGCUGUGAUGACGUUGACCGAGAAUUAUAAUGAAAUUACUAUCAACUCUGACGGUCAGCUGUCGACCCUGCAAGAGUUCAUUCCGUUCAGUGAGUUGACGCUGGGCAGUGUGUUGGGUGAGGGCGAGUUCGGGUCGGUUCUCCGUGCCGUGUACGCCCCUCCAGACCAGGCUGCGGUCCACGUGGCCGUUAAAACACUCCACGUGCAGCACACGGACACCAACAAACAGGAAUUCCUCGCCGAGGCCAAACUGAUGAUGUCCUUGAGACACAAGUGUAUCGUCAGACUCAUCGGAGUCUCACUGGGUCCCCCACUCGCGAUGGUUCAAGAGCUGGUUCCCCUGGGUUCCGUGCUGCAGCUGGUGUGUCGUCAGACGGUCGCCCCUCAUGAGCUGCGCCUAUGGGCGUGGCAGGUCGCUGCUGGGAUGAACUACCUCGAGAGUCGACGGUUCGUCCACAGAGAUCUCGCGGCUAGGAAUAUAUUACUUGCCACCAGGCACCAAGCCAAAAUCAGUGACUUCGGUCUCUCUCGCGCCCUGUCCAGCGAUAGUUCGUAUUACAAGGCGAGUAGAGGCGGCAAGUGGCCCAUCAAGUGGUACGCGCCAGAGUCAUACAAUUAUGGCACUUUCAGUCAUAAGAGCGAUGUUUGGAGCUACGGAGUCACAUUAUGGGAAAUGUUCUCUGGAGGCAAGCAGCCGUAUGGGGAGAUGAGGGGAAUAGAGGCAAUACAAAUCGUCGAGAGCGGCCAGCGUCUAGACCGGCCGCUAGACUGUCCCGAUGAUAUUUAUCAAGUGAUGUUGGAUUGUUGGGCGUACAGUCCCGACUUGAGGCCGACGUUCGGGAAACUAGUAGAUGUGUUUUCCAAGCAUCCGGAGUAUGUGAAUCUCAGUGAACUAGCAGUGGAAAGUGAGGAGGUCAAUGUUUGAGGACAACAUAGUGUUAUCUACCAGUUUACUCUUAAAAUACACGUUUAUACAACAUCAGGCCCAGACAACGUUUCGCAUUUAGAUAUACGUACAAACAACGGAUAUGACAAAUUUAUGUAAUAGUAUAUGUAUAAAAUUUUUACAUAUUGACACUUAUAUGUAAUUACAACCAUUAUGUGCCUGAUAAUUAAUCGAUAGUUCGUAUUUUUGUACAAAAAAUAUAUAUAUUAAGCUAAAAAAAUCUCAAAUGAUUUUUAACAUCCUAUUAAUAUACUGAAUAAAUAUCCGUAAUACAAUCAUUGAGUUUAUAAGGAAAUAUAAUGAUUUAUAAUACUGUUAAAUUAUAUACGAAAAUUGUUUAUGAAGUGGUUGAGUUAGUUAGGUUAAAAAGAUGUUGCCGUCAUUAAAUUAUUAAGUGAAAUCAAUGUGUAUUUUAUAUUUAAAAAAAAAAAAAUUGUUUUAGAAUUAUUAGUCUAUGCAAUAAUUUUAUCGUCUUCGUUCCUCUAUUUAGUUGGAUGUAAUUGUCUAAUUUUUUUUUUAUACUAUAAACCAUUUGAUACAAAGUUUACAUUCCUUAGUGUAAUAUAGUUAACGAUUUUAUAUCAAGCAGGGCUGUUUCUGUCUGUGUCAGAGUUAUUUAAAAAUAUGUAUUACAAUGUACAAUGUUUAAUGAGAACAAGCUUCAUCGGUUUAUAGACAAUGCCAUGAAAAUGCCAUAGUGUUUUGAUGCGAAUAUUGCCAUGAGGUUGUGUUGUAUUUUAUAAAAAAUAUAUUAAGUUACCCAAAUCAUGUUUAGUUUAUAAAGAAUUUAUAUUAAAUUCUAUCGUAUGAGUCUGACUAAACGUAUAUUAUAUACUAAUAUAACAAAUUAUAUCAAUUUUAAUUAUGUGAGAAUGGUAUUUUUAUCAUUAAAUAAAAUAUUCCAUAAUUUUUCUCAG